CCUCCUCUCGCACUAGUCUGACCGGUUGAGUUUAGCGAAAAACUCUGCUUUGAAGAAUGCGAUUAGCAAAGUCUUACUGCAGAAGAUAAAAGAGGAAGAAAACUGACUUUUUAUAGGAAACUUUUACAAGAGAAAGUAACAUAGACAGCAACAGUAGUUGUUUAGAGAUGAAAUGGCACAACCAGGAAGACUCGUGGAUUCAAUGAAAUUCUUUUGUUCGAUCUGUUUGGAUCUACUGAAGGAUCCGGUGACUAUUCCCUGUGGACACAGUUACUGUAUGAACUGCAUUAAAGACUGCUGGGAUGGAGAAGAUCAGAGAAGAAUCCACAGCUGCCCUCAAUGCAGGAAAGAGUUCAUACCGAGACCUGAACUGGUGAAAAACAUCAUGCUAGCAGAGUUGGUGGAGGAUCUGAGGAAGACUGGACUCCAAACUGCUCCCGUUGAUCACUGCUAUGCUGGACCUGAUGAUGUGGCCUGUGAUGUCUGUACUGGGAGGAAGAUGAAAGCUGUCAAAUCCUGUCUGGUCUGUUUGGCUUCUUAUUGCAAAAAUCACCUUCAACCUCACUAUGAAUCUCCUACGUUUAAAAAACAUAAUCUGGUUGAAGCGUCUACUAAACUUCUGCAGAACAUCUGCUCUCGUCAUGAUGAGGUGAUGAAGAUCUUCUGUCGUACUGAUCAGCAGUGUAUCUGUUAUCUCUGCACUAUGGAUGAACAUAAAGGCCAUGAAACAGUCCCAGCUGCAACAGAAAGAGCUGAGAAGCAGAAGAAGCUCCAGGAGAGUCAACAACAAAUCCAUCAGAGAAUCCAGGACCAAGAGAAAGAUGUGAAGCUGCUUCAACAGGAGGUGGAGGCCAUCAAUGUCUCUGCUGAUAAAGCAGUGGAGGACAGUGAGAAGAUCUUCACUGAUCUGAUCCGUCUCCUCCAGGAAAGAAGCUCUGAUGUGAAGCAGCAGAUCAGAUCCCAGCAGGAAACUGAAGUGAGUCGAGUCAAAGAUGUUCAGGAGAAGCUGGAGCAGGAGAUCACUGAGCUGAAGAGGAAAGACGCUGAGCUGGAGCAGCUCUCACACACAGAGGAUCACAACCAGUUUCUCCUCAACUACCCCUCACUGCCAGCACUCAGUGAGUCUACACACUCAUCCAGCAUCAACAUCCGUCCUCUGAGACACUUUGAGGACGUGGCAGCAGCUGUGUCAGAGCUCAGAGACAUAAUGCAGGACGUCCUGAGAGACUCAUGGACAAACAUCUCACUGACAAUCACUGCAGUGGAUGUUCUACUGGUAGAACCAGAGCCAGAACCAAACAGCAGAGAUGAAUUCUUAAAAUAUUCACAAAAAAUCACCCUGGACCCAAAUACAGCAUACAGGAAGCUGUUAUUAUCUGAGGGGAGCAGAAAAGUGUCUUGUCUGAUUGAAGGCGAAGAAGAGUCGGAAGAGGAAGAAGAGUCGGAAGAGGAAGAAGAGUCAGAAGAGGAAGAGGAAGAAGAGUCGGAAGAGGAAGAAGAACUUUAUCCUGGUCAUCCAGACAGAUUUAGUGAUGUCCCUCAGGUCCUGAGUAGAGAGAGUCUGACUAAACGUUAUUACUGGGAGGUGGAGCGGACAGGAAAAGUUGAUGUAGCAGUUUCAUACAAGAAUAUCAGCAGAGGAGGGUCACAAGAAUGUUUAUUUGGAUUCAAUGACAAAUCCUGGUCAUUAUAUUGUACCACAAACAGUUACAGAUUUUAUCACAACAAAGUUAAAACUUCAGUACCAGGUCCAGUUUCCUCCAGAAUAGGAGUGUACCUGGAUCACAGAGCAGGUAUUCUGUCUUUCUACAGCGUCUCUGAAACCAUGACUCUCCUCCACAGAGUCCAGACAAGAUUCACUCAGCCUCUGCAUGCUGGGGUUUAUGUUUUCUCUCAUGGAGCCUCUGCUGGGUUCAUUAAGCUGAAAUAGUCAGCAGUGAUCUGAGGUUCAGUUGGAUAAAAUUUGUAUUUAUUUGUUUAUUUGGUCUUAAUUGUUGUUGCUGAGAGAUCAUUGUCAGUUGGAGUUUGUUUGGGUGCUGCCCCUUCCUGUUUCUGUUCAGCUAUGGCGUUUGUCACUGCCCAGGAGGAUUUUUAAUGCAUCUCAACUAAUUAUUUACAUUUAUUCCAUUUUCAGACCAAAUGCUGAUAUUAAAAUCUAGUACAGAUGAUUUAUAAUUGUCUGUUGACGGAAAUUGUAAUUGUCAUAAUCAAUCAGAACAGUUGUCAUAUUAUUGGAUAAAGAUCAGAUCCUGAUUAUGCUUCAGGUUACAACAAUCACAUGUUUUCUGCAUUAGGAGGUGGAAAUAUCUUCACAUGUUUUGGCCUGUGUUUAAAUAUAUCAGUGCAACAACAUUUUUCAACGUGUUUUAUGAUUUUUAAAACGGCACAUCAUAUCUCUGAGAUCCUGCACAAAAAGGUUGAAACAGCCACUUGAUGUUGUCUGGACUUUGCAAAGAGAAGAGCUGAGAUUUUGAAUGUCGUUAUUCUGUAAACUGCAUUGAUUAUCAUUAAGGUGAUUCUUUGUGGGGUUUUUUUCAUAUGGGGGUUUAUACAACUAUCAUAAUUGAUUGGUGUGUUUUUCUACUUUAAUGAUUAAUCCGUGUGGUGUAAAAAUCUGAAUCUAGAUUUGUGACAUUUAAUAGGUUAUGAUGAGUUAAUCUUUCAUCUUGGUGAACAUUUACAUAACUAGAAAAUUUCGGAAGAAAUUUAGCCGGGGCCUGCCAAGG